AUGGGUAAACGCUCGGCUUUUGAUGAUUCAAACGAGGAGGAACAAUAUCCCGAGGAGAGGCCACAAGGAACUCCCCAGCCGGAAAUGGGACAAGCACCCCCCAGUCAGAUGAUGAGGGCGCGUGCCGAAAGUUCAAGGAAGAGGAACCCCUCGGGCCAAACCUCAGGCUGUGCAGGCAGUGCAUUCAUUCGUGACCGUGUGCGCGGACUUGGAGGGCCAGCUGGCUUCGGCCAGGAGGAAGGCCACAAGCGAGGCCAACAGGGCCAGAGAGGCGGAGACGCGGCUCCAGGCCUUGGAAGAGGAGAGAGGGCGCCUAGAAGAGGAGGUCACAGGAUGAAGGGGCAGCUCAAGGGCAUGGAGCUGACCCACAGUCUUCAAAUGGAGAGUCUGCUGGCUACAAGCGUCCCUAAAUCUUGCCUGGAUGCAUACAUCCUUGCGGGAGUUCAGAGGUACCUGGGGUCGUCCGAGUUCGCCCUCGGAAUAAACGACGUCAUGGACCCUGCUAUGGAAAGGGGGGCGAGGAAGGUCGUAAUGGAGAUCGAGGCGGCCCGAAGGAAGAACGAGGACAUCCAACCCAUCCUCAACAAAUAUGCCGAUAGAGAGAUGAAGGGGAAGACGUCUGCGGUACGGCUGCAGUGCAAGGCCCGGAAGCACUUUCAGGAUAUAGACUUCGCUCAUCUCCCCAUUAUGCAGCAGAUCGUCGGGACUUUCCCCUCCGUCUCGAAGCCCGAAGACAUUUUGAACAUCCCGGGUAGCCCCUCGUUCGUCUUCCAGAUGCCGAGGGGGACGCAGACGCCUCCGAGCACGCCGCCGGGGCCCGAUGAGGAGCCGAAGAUAAUCGCAUCUGCACCUCCACCCAAGGGCACAACUCCGAAAGCCGAGGAGGAGGGGGAACCUCGACCGACUCCAACACCAACAGCGGAGACAAGGUGA